GUACUCGUAUCCACCAUGCGGAACAGUCCAGUACAAGAUGAAUCUGAGAAUAGCAACAGUUGUCACAUUCCAAUUGCUGUAUUUUGCACAGGGCGAUACAGUUCCCUCAAAACCUUUGUCAGUGGACUACCAGGCAGAAUUUUCAUGGAACCUGUAUAAAAAGUUAUACCCUGAAUUUCGGCGAAACAUGGCGAUUUCGCCAUAUUCUCUGCGAAAGAUUUUUGUCUGCCUUCACCAAUUGACCGAUCCCGAAGAUCCUGCUACAUCGAGGUUUUCCAAACAACUCAACAAAGUGUUCAAGUUCAAUCCAACUGGCCAGUUGCCAGAUUUGGUUCGGCGUCGAUAUGAGAAUCAGAAGAAAUCAUAUGAUCAGGAGCAGGGGCUCAACAGAACCACGUUGGUAGCAGUACUGGGACGAAAGAAGAAGAUCGCAAAAACUGUCGGUAAUCUGCCCAAAAGUUGUGGCAUCUUCGCGAGGUCGCUCAAAUCAGGCAGUCCCAAGCAGAUGACUCGAUCGCUGAAUGCUGCCAUGAAGAACAUUUCCAAUGGUGCUGCGCAAAGUUUUCUGAGCGAGUCGGAUUUGAAUCGUGAUUGGGACUUUUUCGUGGCGGAUUCGUGGCGGUUCAAGGGCUUCUGGAGGUAUCAAUUUGAGGAAGAAUAUACGACGACUUGCAAUUUCUACACCAAUGCGAUAAAGAAAGGACUGAUGAGAUUUAUGUAUCUCGAAGAGAUGUUGAGGGUUGGACAUUUUCCUCAGUGGAACGUACGGGCCGUUGAGCUUCCACUUCAUCGCGAGAGUCCUUUAUCGUGUGUACUGAUGAUGCCCGUGGCGGCUGACAUCGAAGAGUUGAUCGAAAGCUUAUCCCAUGAAAGGUUCAAGGAGAUUUAUACCAAUAUGUCUGCCUCGAAGACCACUGUUCGGCUUCCCCAGUUUAGGUUACGAAUGAAACUGUCGGCUAAGUCUAUGCUGGAGCAGCUUGGAUUUGAUACUGCGUUCAAAGAAUCGGUGUUUCGUGUUUUUGAGAAGGAAGGUGCCUCUCCGUUGGGAGACACUAUCCAAAAGAUGGAUCUAUCUAUGGCGCAUGAAGGGGAAGAACUCGCCAAAACUUUCGUCGACAGAAGCCUGGGACAACAAUUCACUGCACAUCAACCUUUCAUGUUCGUAAUAUUUGACCGAAAGGAGCUGGUUCCAAUCAUUGUAGGAAAUGUAGUGGCUGCGAUUACUCCAAAAGACAUUGGGCCAGAAUCGGAUGAAAAACUGUGUGACAAUCCACCAAGAUUCAAUGGACGAUGAUGAUAUGCAGGUCGUUAAUACUGCGACGCAAAAGCAGGGAAUGUUGUUAGAAUGUCUAUAACACGUUUAACAUAUUAUUGAAUAAAUUUCGAAGGUGUGUAUUUGUA